AUGCACAUUCGGAAAGCAGGCGAGCCCCAUGAUCACUACACCCCGACUGCGAUAGAGAUGGAAUACUUCAAGAGCAACCCGAAGCCCUCCAAUCUGGACAGGCAGAGCACAUUGGCACGGACCUUCAUUGAGCAACAUGCCGAGCAAAACAGACGGGUGGCGCUCGUAACGUCCGGCGGAACGACAGUGCCACUCGAGAAUCAGACCGUCCGCUUCAUCGACAACUUCUCGGCAGGAACGAGAGGUGCCACUUCCGCCGAGUACUUUCUCGCGAAUGGAUAUGCCGUCAUCUUCCUGCACAGGCAGUUCUCCCUGCUGCCGUACAGUCGGCAUUACAGCCACUCGACGAACUGUUUCUUAGACUACAUGACCGGUACUGAAGAUGGUCCAGUCGUGGUUCAAAACGACUACCAACAACAAAUGGCAUCCGUCCUGCAAAAGUACCGCAAAUCCAAGAAAGAAAACACCCUCCUCCUCCUUCCCUUCACCACAGUCAACGAGUACCUCUGGCAUCUGCGAGAACUGGCCAUGCUCAUGCAACCCCUCGGCGCCAACGCACUCUUCUACCUCGCCGCAGCAGUCUCCGACUUCUUCGUGCCAGCGGAGCGCAUGGUCGAGCACAAGAUCCAAUCAGGCGAAGAGUUCGCCCAGCUCAAAGACGAUAUUCACGAAGAACAACAACGAGGCCGCACACCAGCUGCGCACAUGUCCGGCAAGAGUCUCGUGAUCGACCUUGAUCCUGUUCCGAAGUUUCUCAAACUCCUCGUCGACGGCUGGGCCCCGCGGGCCAUGAUCAUCUCCUUCAAACUCGAGACGGAUCCAAGUCUCCUUGCACAGAAAGCGACAGGAGCGCUGAAGAAGUACUCACACCACCUCGUCAUCGGAAACCUGCUCAACACGAGAAAGCACGAGGUCCUCUUCGUGAGCGCUGGCGGCGGCGAGAAAUGGAUCAAGGUCCCGCAGAAUCGGCGCGCGAAGAGUAUCACAGGUAGGACACCUGAUGGUAGACCAGGCGCGAACGAUGAUCGUGAGCCUGCGGUGGAAAUUGAGAGCUUGAUUGUGCCCGAGGUGGCGGAGUUGCAUUCGCAUAUGAUUGAGCAUGGGGAUCCGAGGUAUUUGAAUGGAAAUGGCGAGUCGUGA